AAUGCAAUGAUUGGGAUAUUUAACAGCAGUCUCCACUAUUGAAUGCCAUCAAAUCAUGCAUGAAAUGGACUUCACCACCAUGAAGUCUGUAAUUACUGAACAAUAAUACAGUUUCAUUACAAAAAAUCAUGAUUAUUAAGGGGUAAUUAAGUAACCAGAAAUUUCAUAGUACUAUAAGACAAGAAGUGGUGUGUUAGUCCAAGAACAUCCUAAAAGCCAUUUCCCGCAUUACCUAAUAGAGAAGAGAUGAGACUCACCUGCAAGCAUGAGAUCAUGCUGCUGCUUGUCUUUCUUCUCUCUGUCUCCAUUCCGUCCCGUGCGGCAAAGCUGCCGCCGCACAGCAGCAAACACCUCUGCCUCGACGACCAGAAAACAUCCUUAAUGCAACUGCAAGAUGACAUCCUCAGCCACAACUCCUCCUCUGUCUCGUUCGAUGAUAAUUCGUCGAUGAAAGUGGCGAAAUGGGACGACAGAACAGAUUGCUGCUUGUGGGAUGGCGUGACGUGUGAUACGUCUGGCAAUGUUGUCGGCCUGAACCUCAGCUACAGCAGAAUUUCAGGCCACAUAGGAGCCAUUUUUGAUCUACGCCAUCUCCAGCGUCUUAAUCUUGCUCGUAACAACUUCCAGCUUAGUCCAAUUCCUUCUGGUUUUGAGAGGCUUACGAAUUUAACGCACCUUAAUCUUUCGUAUUCCUGUUUUUCUGAUCAAAUACCAGCUGGGAUUUCUCGUUUGACGAGACUAGUAUCUCUUGAUCUCUCGACGAUUCCGUUUUGUGAGUUGCCCCCCACGUUUAAUGAUCCAGACUUCAAUCAUAUCUUUGAUUUCGAGGAGCUCCACAGGCUGAGGCUUGAAAGGCCGAAUCUUGAGUCGGUUUUCAGGAAUCUGAAUAAUCUAACUGAGGUUAUUCUUGACAAUGUGGACCUUUCAGCUCAAGGUUCCAACUGGUCUCAAGCGUUGUCUGUACUUCCAAGACUUAAGGUCUUAAGUUUGUCACACUGUCGGCUUUCAGGUCCCAUCCAUAGUUCGUUUGCAAAUCUGAUAUCUCUCAACUUUAUCAAGCUUGAAGGCAACAAUCUCACCUCUGAGGUGCCUCGUUUUCUAGCCAGUUUCAGGGAUUUGCAAGUCUUGAAUCUUGCAUCUACUCAACUUUACGGCAACUUUCCCCGCCAAGUUUUCCUGUUACCAAGACUACAGACCAUUGAUUUGUCGAAAAAUCCACUCUUGACAGGUGAGUUACCUGAAUUUCCCUCUCACAGUUCAUUGCGACUGGUUUCACUCUACCAGACAAACUUCCAAGGAAAAUUGCCUGAUUCAAUUGGUAAUUUGAAGUUCAUGACAAAUUUGCUUCUCUACACCUGUAACUUUUCUGGUUUGAUCCCAUCAUCAUUUGCAAACCUGACUAGUGUGACUGAGAUAGACAUUAGCUAUAAUAAAUUCAGUGGCUCAAUCCCGCCUUUCAGAGAUAGCGGCGUCCCAAAACUUGCAGAUCUUCGGUUAUCUUUCAAUCUUCUCACAGGGACAAUAGACCCUCUCAUUUUCACACUUCCAUCCCUGAAAGUUUUGUACUUGAAUGACAACCAUUUGAGUGGAAAAUUAGAGGAGUUUCCAGCAGCCUCGUCAGUGUUGGAGCAAGUGUACUUAAAUGGCAACAACCUGUCUGAGGAAAUACCAAGAUCGAUCUCUGAGAUCCCAAGCAUCAGCUUUCUUUCACUUGCUGCUAACAAAUUCACUGGCUCCCUCAAAUUGGAAGCGUUCCAGAACCUCGAUAACUUAACGAGCCUUGACCUUUCUUCCAACAGCUUAACCAUUGGAACUGAUCAACCAGAUUUGAUGUUUCCGCAGCUGCAGGAACUGAAGUUGAGCAAAUGCAACUUGACAGAAUUCCCCACUUUCCUCAAGAAACAAGACCAACUAAGGAUUCUGAAUCUGUCAAACAAUCAAAUAGAAGGAUAUGUUCCCAAGUGGUUGUGGACUAGCUCUCUCAAUGAGCUGGAUCUUUCACAGAAUGCAGUCGAUUUUCCUGAAGAACCUAAUCAGGGUGACAAUGCAAACAGUAUACUUUCUCCAUUGGUAAAGUUGGCGAUGCGUUCCUGCAAAGUUUUCAGAUUCCCUGAGUUUCUGAAAUUGUUAGACGGUCUAUGGUACCUUGACCUGUCAGGCAACAACAUUGAGGGCCAAGUGCCCAACUGGAUUUGGCAUAGCACCCUUCAAUACGUGAACAUUUCGCACAACCAUCUCAAUUCUGUGGAAGAAUUCUCUCCCAACGUCUCCUUGAAUUUGUUGGCGACUCUUGACGUUCGGGGAAAUUUGCUUCAAGGGUCACUUCCAAGUGGGAUUUGCAGUUUGAGCAGCCUGUCCAUUCUUGAUGCUUCUCAUAAUCAGCUCAGCGGAUCAAUCCCCGAAUGUCUAGGCAUGAUGAGCAAUCUUACUGUGCUGAACUUGCAGGGGAACAACUAUCAGCAAAUCUCUUUAGAUUUUGCAUCAGCAAGCAGUCUGAGGUCUCUGAAUAUCAACAGAAAUCUCUUGGAAGGACAGCUGCCAAGAUCCUUGGCAAACUGUAAAAUGCUUGAAGUGCUGGAUCUUGGAAACAACAAGAUUACAGAUACAUUUCCCUUCUGGUUGGAUAAACUUCCUGAACUAAAAGUUCUCGUCUUGAGGAACAAUAGUUUCUACGGCCAAAUACACCUUCCAAGAAGAAACGUUUCCCUCUCAAAGCUAGGAAUAAUCGACCUAUCAUCCAACCAGUUCACUGGAGAUUUGCCUCCAGAAUUCCUGGAAAGCUUGGAUGAGAUGCAACUGAACAGCAAAAACAAGUCUGCCACCCUGAAAACGAUAGGGCAAUACGAGUACUAUCAAGAUUCCGUCACAAUUAUGAGCAAAGGAAAUGAAAUGGUCCUCGUGAGGAUACUGACCAUUUUCAUAUCUCUUGAUCUGUCCAACAACAAGUUCCACGGGAAGAUCCCUGGUGAAAUCGCGGAACUAAAAUCACUGGUCGUGCUCAACUUGUCACAAAAUGCCUUUGAUGGUGGAAUCCCAUCAUCACUUGGGGACUUGGUUCAGCUUGAAUCCUUAGAUCUCUCAUGGAAUAAACUCUCUGGCCCUAUUCCACAGCAGCUUACAAGCCUUACUUUCCUGGGGUUUUUCAAUAUUUCUUACAACAAUCUAACAGGGCAUGUGCCUCAAGGAAACCAGUUCAACACCUACUCAAGUGAUUCCUAUAUUGGGAAUACUGGAUUGUGUGGGCUGCCAUUGUCAACGAGAUGUGUACCGAUUGAUGAUCCAGUUCCAGAACCUCCACAGCAGGGUGAGAGUUCCACAAAAGAAAGCUUAUUCGACUGGAAAUUUGCAUUCUCAGGUUAUGGAUGUGGAAUAGUUGUUGGUGUUGCACUUGGGUACACAUUUUUACCAGAUUUGAGAUUCAGUAGAGGGCGUGUACAACUUAAAAGGCGAGGAAGAAGAUCAUGAACUUACAAUCUGUACCUCUCUUAAGUUAUAGACAAGCGAGAAAAGAAUCCACCUGGUCGCUGUAACUUCAAGAAUAUUGAGUCCAUAUGAUGUCAAACAGCUCUACCAGUUCACUGCAUUGACUAUUAACCAAUAAACCAUCAGCAAUCAAGUCUGCUCUCCACUAUAUUAUAAAUCCACUGUUGAAGAGAUACAGCUCAUAUACAUGUUUCCAUAGUCAUUAUACAAGUUCAACAAGAAGAUAUUCAACUCCUUUUCAAUCA